AUCAAAGUUUGUGGUUGAUGUUCAAAGACCUAAUUGCGCCACUUCAGAAGCUUCAGCUCCAGCCACAAUCUGAUGCUGAUGCAGCAUGCAAAGUGCUACUGCCGCAAGCUGAGAGAUACACUUUAUCUCCUCCUUUCACAUUGAUCCAUGAACCUAGCUCGACACUCUAUCACUGCGACAAACCCCGUUCAGAUCUUUGAUACCCGAUUUGAAGCAGACUGUCAGAUAUUCACUACUACGACACCUGCAGGGUUCGCGGUGUACCAGACAUGGCCGCUGAAGCUUAUUCGCAAGAGAGAGUUUACUGGCGGAACGCUCGCUGCCGUGGUACCGUGUCACACAUCAUCUCUGCUCUUUCUCCUCGGAGGCGGCCGCAGUCCACUUUAUCCUCCAAAUAAGGUGGUUGUAUGGGACGACGCUACCGGAGAAGAAGUAGCUGAGCUAGAAUUUAGGGAAAGAGUCAGAGGUCUUGCUUGUAGACGUGGAUGGCUUGCAGUAUCGUUUCGGAGAAGAGUUGUAUUAUUCGAGAUCGGGGAGACCAUCGUUCGACGGAACGAAUUCGAUACAUGUGAUAACCCUCGAGGCUUGCUUGCGAUGGCCACUGGGGCAUAUUCAACCCUUCUGGCUUUCCCUGGUCGACAGAUGGGGCAUGUACAAUUAAUACACCUACCACCUUGUAUUCCGCCCGUGCCAGUUGGUCCCCCGCCUUCUGUCCCACCAUCUCGACCACCACCACCACCAUCAAAGCAUCCAGUCUCAAUUAUCGCUGCACAUGAAUCCACCUUGAACACUCUCACCGUUCCCCCAUCAGGUCGGAUGCUCGCUACGACUUCAUCCCGUGGUACCCUCGUUCGUAUAUGGGACACCCUUACAGGAAAGCUACUGCGUGUAUUCAGAAGGGGAUCUGAUAAGGCCGAAAUAUAUGGGGUUGCAUUUCGCCCCGAUGAGAAGGAAGUAUGCGUUUGGAGCGAUAAGGGUACUGUGCACGUAUUCUCUCUUAUGACUUCUGGCCCCUCUAAUCGACAAUCGUCUUUGUCCCCGCUCGCCUCACUCAUUCCUUACUUUGACUCUGAAUGGUCAUAUGCACAGUAUCGGAUUCCCGCGCAAGCCUCCCACAUAUCAAUAUCUUCCACGUCAUCCUCUCGUUCACCCACAGCCGACAUUACCGACGAGGAGAAGUGCAUGGUUGGCUGGAUCGAAGCACCGUCCGAUCGUAGUGAACCCGGCCGUGAUCCACCCAUGGAGUACCAACUCAUAGCGCUCACGUACAGUGGGGGCUGGUAUCGGUUGUCAUUGCCACAGGGGACGUCUAAUAUCUCUUCGCCGUCUGCGGGUGGAACCCCGCUGUCCAGCUCCCCGCCCAAGGUAUCUUCGCAUUCUCGUCCACGCACGAACAGCGUGUCAUCUAUCACUAGUCGCACGGAGAAAGGGAAGGAAAGGGACCGGGACCGGGACCGGAAGGACAAUCGAGAAUUAAUUUUGCAAGAGUAUCGGAAGUAUGGUAGGUGGGAUGGUUGGGGCUAGAAUGGUGAAUCUGUUGUCUUGUUGUCUUGUAGUUUUGGAUCAUGCACCGCUCGUUUCAGUUCACGUAUAAUCAUUCACACUCUCGUAGUACCCUCGUAGUUCACAUUUCGUCUUCACAUGAUAUUGUUUUUGUUGCAAAUGGAUGUUAUGUUCAAGGCUUUCUCACGAUAC